CAUCUACCCCCGCUCUCUCUCUCUCUCUCUCUCUCUCUCUCUCUCUCUCGCUCGCUCGCUCUCGAAUUCUUCUUUAUAUUGGCGUUUUUAACCCAAAUCAUCCAGAUUGAGCUCUGUGAUUUUGUUCUCCUCAUUCUUUGAGCUCAAUCAGAUCUCGAUUCGUCCGAGACCGGAGAUGGCAAGGAAGAAGAUUCGGGAAUACGACUCCAAGCGACUCCUCAAAGAGCACCUGAAGCGACUCGCCGGAAUUGAGCUUCAGAUCCGCUCCGCCCAGGUCACCGAGGCUACGGAUUUCACGGAGCUGACGGACAAGGAGCCAUGGCUCUCAUCCAGUAAGCUGGUGGUGAAACCCGAUAUGUUGUUCGGGAAGCGUGGGAAGAGCGGGCUGGUUGCGCUUAACUUGGAUCUUGCCGAGGUGGCUCAGUUUGUAAAGGGGCGCCUAGGAGUGGAGGUUGAGAUGGGUGGUUGCAAGGCUCCAAUUACCACAUUUAUUGUUGAGCCCUUUGUGCCCCAUGAGCAAGAGUAUUACCUCUCCAUCGUAUCAGAUAGGCUUGGUUGUACUCUCAGCUUCUCCGAGUGUGGUGGUAUUGAAAUUGAGGAGAACUGGGACAAGGUUAAGACUGUGUUCCUCCCUACUGAGAAAUCCAUGACUUACGAAGUUUGUGCUCCAUUGAUUGCUACUCUUCCUCUGGAGGUUAGAGGGAAGAUUGGGAACUUCAUAAAAGGGGUAUUUGAUGUAUUCCAAGAUUUGGAUUUUAGUUUUCUUGAGAUGAAUCCGUUUACAUUGGUUAAUGGAGAGCCUUAUCCGCUGGAUAUGCGAGGAGAAUUGGAUGACACGGCUGCUUUUAAAAACUUUAAAAAAUGGGGGAGCCUAGAAUUUCCAUUACCUUUUGGUAGGGUUUUGAGUCCAACAGAAAGCUUUAUCCACUCCUUGGAUGAAAAGACCAGUGCCUCCCUUAAAUUCACUGUGUUAAAUUCCAAAGGGCGGAUAUGGACAAUGGUGGCUGGGGGCGGUGCCAGUGUCAUAUAUGCUGACACAGUUGGUGACUUGGGCUAUGCAUCAGAGCUUGGAAAUUAUGCUGAGUACAGUGGUGCUCCAAAAGAGGAAGAGGUUUUACAGUAUGCCAGAGUUGUGCUUGAUUGUGCUACUGCGGAUCCUGAUGGCCGCAAGAGAGCUCUUCUCAUUGGUGGUGGCAUAGCUAACUUCACUGAUGUUGCUGCUACUUUCAAUGGAAUUAUAAGAGCCUUAAGGGAAAAGGAAUCCAAAUUAAAGGCAGCUAGAAUGCACAUUUAUGUCCGAAGAGGAGGCCCAAAUUACCAGACAGGUCUAGCAAAAAUGCGAGCUCUUGGUGAUGAACUUGGUGUUCCUCUUGAGGUUUAUGGACCUGAGGCAACAAUGACAGGAAUCUGCAAGAGCGCCAUUGAUUGUAUUAUGUCUGCUGCGUGAUCGACCUUUUAUUAGUUUUUUCUUCUUCUUUUAAUAUUUGUUACCCUUUGGUUUGCUGGAACAUAAAAUAAUGUUCAUGGUACUAUGGCAGUGAGCAUAAUAGAUAUUUAUCCGUCACAAUCUAAAGUGAUUUAAAUGUGCUA